CUUAUCUCUAAAAAAGAUUACUGGAUUAGAACUGCAAUGGGUUGAUGUGUUUGAUGGCUCACGAAUGGAUACACUUGAAGAGGAAGUUCUCAAUGAGCUGAAACCUAAUAGUGAUACGUUGAAAACGCUUUCAGUCGUGUCAUAUGGCGGAACACAAAUUUCAAACUGGGUUGGUGAUCGCUCUUUUCAUGAGUUGGUUAAUGUGUCAAUACGUGGUUGUAGAAAAUGCAAAUCUCUACCCCCAUUUGGGUUGCUCCCUUCACUUAAGAGGUUGCAGAUUCAAGGCAUGGAUGAGGUUAAAAUCAUAGGUUUGGAGUUAACCGGAAAUGAUGUUAACGCCUUCCGUUCACUUGAAGUUCUAAGAUUUGAAUAUAUGUCUGGAUGGGAGGGGUGGUCAACUAAAAAUGAGGGUUCAGCAGCAGUGUUUCCAUGCCUUAAAGAGCUUUCUAUAAUCAAUUGUCCACAAUUGAUUAAUGUCUCACUUCAAGCACUGCCUUCACUCAAGGUUCUUGAAAUUGACACAUGUGGUGAUGGUGUGCUGAGAAGUCUGGUUCAUGUAGCUUCAUCAGUCACUAAAUUGAAAAUAAGUGAUGUAUCAGGGCUUACAUAUGAGGUGUGGAGAGGUGUUAUAGGGUAUCUUAAGGAAGUUGAAGAAUUAAGUAUCUGGGGAUGUAAUGAAAUAGAAUACUUGUGGGAAUCAGAAGCAGAGGCAAGUAAGCUUCUUGUGAGAUUAAAGGAAUUGAGAUUACAGUAUUGUUCAGGUUUGGUAAGUUUAGAAGAGAAAGAGGAGGAUGACAAUUUUGGGAGCAGCACCAGCCUGUUAUCUCUUAGAAGUCUGGAUGUAAGGUAUUGUAGUAGCAUAAAGCGUUUAUGCUGUACAAAGAGCAUUGAGAGUUUGGGAAUUUUUUAUUGUUCAGUUAUUACAGAUGUCUACUUCCCAAAAGAAGGAGGGAAUAAGCUCAAAUCACUUCGUAUACGCAGAUGUGAAAAACUUGAGGGAAAAAUCAACAACACAAGCAUGCCAAUGCUUGAAACCCUAUAUAUUGAUACAUGGGAAAAUCUAAGAUCAAUCAGUGAAUUGAGUAACUCCACUCACCUCACCAGCCUGGAUAUAAAGCGAUGCCCACGGGUGUCACUUCCAGAGCUUCAGCUAUCAAACCUCACCAGUUUGGAAAUUGGUAAAUGUGAAAAUCUUGAGUCAUUACCCGCGCUAUCAAACCUCACCAGUUUGUCAAUUUGGACAUGUGAAAGUCUGGAGUCAUUACCUGAACUAUCAAAUCUCACCUUUUUGUCAAUUAGUGAUUGUAAACGUCUGGUGUCAUUACCUGAGCUAAAGAAUCUCGCCUUGUUAAAAGAUCUGGAAAUCAGAAGGUGUCGAGGUAUUGAUGUUUCCAUUCAUGGUGGACGUUGGCCUCCCAAAUUGUGCUCACUUAAACUAGAAGGGUUGAAGAAGCCCGUAUCAGAGUGGGGGGAUCUGAAUUUUCCAACUUCCCUUGUUCACCUGACGUUAGAGGAUGAACCCAAUGUGAGUGAUUUUAGUCAAUUGUCCCACCUUUUCCCUUCUUCUCUUACAUCUCUGGAGAUAACUGGAUUUGAUAACCUGGAAUCACUUUCAAUGGGACUCCAACACCUCACAUCCCUUCAACAUCUGUACAUUGACGAUUGUCCAAAGGUGAACGAUCUACCAGAGACGCUGUUACCUUCACUUUUGAGUUUGAGAAUAGAAGAAUGCCCAAAAUUGAAAGAAAGGUGUGAAGGAAGAGGCUCCCACUACUGGCCCCGAAUCUCUCAUAUCCCCAGAAUCGACAAUUGAAGACUAAUUGAAAGAAAGUCACUGAAAACAGAUUUACUGUCGUCAAUACCAAAUCACCGGAGGUAAAACGACAUCGUACCACCAUCUUCACACAUCAUAUCGGAUUUAUAAAGCCAUCGCAGCCGAUGAUUUCGUCGACGGCUGUAAUUUUUCCGGCGACUCGUCUUCGAACUGCUGCUCACACCCUCAGUUAUAGAAAGAAGAAAAUCUAUCAAGGUUUCUUCAAAUCAACAAAACAGAUCCAAGAUACAUCAGAAUUGCUGGAAAGGGCACUACGUCUACUGCGUUAACUUGGUUCACUUACAUGCUUCAAACAUCAUGAGAUUCAAGAUAUGGUUGCAACAGAAAUCAAAGAAACAACAAAAAUGAGAAACAAUGCCACAAAUGUUGUAGAAUUUGCAAAUGCUGUGAGUGAAGAAAGCCAAGAAAAAAUUGCAAAAUCUUCAUACUUCGACUUACAGGAGAGUCUCGUACAGGUUAGGCCGACCCAAAGCUCUUUUUGUCUA